AUCGCAUCGAGCGCCGUGCGUAUCCGCCAUUCAUGCGAGUCGAUUUCGUUGUUCCGUGUGUGCAGAGCCGAGCCAUUUCCAUCCAGUUAGCCGAGCGGGACGAAACGGUGGAUAUUCGUUUAGUGGGAAACACGAUGCGAGCGCAUUGAGAGACAUACGCAGCAACAGUGAGCUACAGCAGCGGUGGCUCGCUCGAGCGCGCAUAGUAGCCGAAGCGACGAGACGAUGAUACUUGGUCACGGUCCGCCGACGUGAAAGCGAAGGAAAAGCUACUCGGAAGAUCAGUGAGAACGAUGCUGGUGAAAUAAUAAAAAGUAAGCAGCAAAUUGAUCAGAUACGAUAAAUAUUCGAUAAGUACUAUGGGGGCAUUCUUGGAUACUCCAAAAACAGAGAAGUGUAACGAACAUGGCACUGGCAACGGCCUGCGAUACGCAGUCGCCAGCAUGCAGGGCUGGCGGAUAGAGAUGGAGGAUGCUCAUCGAGCGAUCACUGGUUUGGAAGGUGGUCUCUCAGACUGGAGUUACUUUGCAAUCUUUGAUGGCCAUGCCGGUGCAUUGGUGUCGGCGCACAGUGCGGAACAUUUAUUAGAAUGUAUAAUGCAAACACAAGAAUUUAAGGCCGAGGAUGUUAUUCGGGGGAUUCAUUCCGGCUUCCUCAGACUUGACUACCAGAUGAGAUUUUUGCCCGAGAUGAGUUCCGGCACGGACAAGUCUGGCUCCACCGCGGUCUGCGCAUUUAUAUCCCCGAAAAAUAUUUAUAUCGCCAACUGCGGCGACUCACGGGCGGUACUCUGCAGAUCUGGGGCUCCGGUCUUCUGGACACGGGAUCACAAGCCCGUUGAACCUGCCGAGAAGGAAAGAAUCCAGAACGCGGGUGGUAGCGUCAUGAUCCAAAGAGUUAACGGAUCUCUGGCGGUCUCUCGGGCGUUGGGUGAUUACGAGUACAAAAAUCUGACAGAUCGAGGUCCCUGUGAGCAGUUAGUGUCGCCGGAACCAGAAAUAUUUGUGCGAGACAGGGACGAUGAACACGAUGAAUUUCUAGUUUUAGCGUGUGAUGGCAUAUGGGAUGUAAUGAACAACGAAGAUUUAUGUGAUUUUAUACAUUCAAGGCUGCUGCUAACAGAUGACUUGGAGGCAGUUACCAAUCUGGUUAUAGACACGUGUCUUUAUAAGGGUAGCAAAGAUAAUAUGAGUAUAGUACUGGUGACGUUUCCGGCCGCACCAAAACCAAGUCCUGAAGCACAGAGGCAGGAAGCCGAGCUGGAAAUGGCUUUAGAAAGGAGAAUUAAAGAGAUAGUCGCCGCAGAGGAGGAUAAAAAUGAAUUUGACUAUCUGAAAAUGCUUGAACUUCUUAGAGGAGGGGACCAGGAUUUUCCUCAUUUGCCUCCUGGUGGUGGUCUUCAUGCCAAGCAACCCUUCAUUGAAAAAGUGUUUCAGGAAAUAUGUCCCAGCAAAGCGGAUAGUGUAAGUGUUGGGUGCAUCCCUUUGUCAUAACUAACCCUCGUUCUUUUUCUACGCACGCACACACACAUACACGUACGUGCAUAUACACAUGCUGCAUCAAAUGUACAAUUAUAAUAAUAAGACAUGUUCCAUGUGCAUACAAAGAUGCGGAAUCUACCAAGAAUACAUUGACUUUAAUAGUAAUUCUUAAUGUAAGAAAAUCCCAUAAAUGUUGAAGCAAAAUUACAAUGUUGUACCAUAAACUGGUGAAUGUUGACAGAACCAAAUUUGUCAUAAAGCAUGUAAUUAGCAUAUUUCUAUAUAUAUGGCAAAUUACAAAUUGGUAACAUAAAUUAGUGCGUAAACUGAUUAAAUAUUACAUGGUAUUGUUUUGGCGUAAAUUUAUUGAAUAUUACGUACUUUCGUAAGUUUUUCCAUCUAUCUAUCAAUCUAUCUGUCUAUCUAUCGAUCUAUCUAUCUAUCUAACGAUCAAUCUAUCUAUCCAUCCAUGCUAUUUGUUUAAAGCUCAAGCUAUAUAGACGUUUCUUUUAUUCGUCAUAGCUUCAGUGGUAUUUUCGCGGAAGCCAUUGAGGUAGUUUUCAAAAAUUGAUUAUGUAUUUAUCGAAAGGAUAUAUUUCUAAAAGAUUAGAGAUUAUUUAUAAUUGCGGUGGACGGAAAUGUGGCCGGAACUUAAGAAAUAUAUCGUUAUAACGAACAUGCUUACUUAACUAUGCUUCGUUAUUGUUUGCAAAGUAUUGAUUUGCAAAUUAAGCUAGUUAAUAAUUUUAAUAAAAUAAUAGUAAACAAGUAUAAAAUAUCAAUUACAGGGGACUCUAAAGAUAAUAUUACAUA